CUUCUCUCUCAUUAGUGGCUUCGUUUUCAUACUCAUCCUCCCAUCUUCCCUCACACCUUUCCAACGUCGACAAUCAGCAGGCAAUGUCUCGGCGGUUCGAAUCCAGUUCUCAGGACGCCUCGGCUCUUGGCGAGCCGUUGACGUUUGUAUUUAGCGGCAGAACAGCGCCAAAUCGAUUUUUGAAGGGCGCCAUGACAGAGCGUCUAUCGUCCUGGGACGCCAGUGCAAAGGAACAGCGCGGGAUCCCCUCAGAAAACCUGAUCAACGUCUACAAACGGUGGGGAGAGGGUGGGAUCGGGCAUAUCUUGACCGGAAAUAUCAUGCUCGACUAUGAUCAAUUGGAAGCGCCAGGAAAUGCCAUUAUUCCACCAGGCGCAACGUUUCAUGGCGAGCGAUUUGACGCCUUCAAGGAACUCGCUCGCCAGGCCAAAUCUCACGGAAGUCUGAUCACCGGGCAAGUCAGCCAUCCAGGAAGACAAGUGGCCGACACGAUCAACGGCAAUCCAGUCUCGGCCAGCGCCGUACAGCUCGAAGGGGAUUUGUGGGGAAUGACGUUCGCGAAGCCUCAUGCAGCGUCACAAGAAGAAAUCAAGGACAUCGUUGCACGAUUCACCCAUGCGGCUGAUUAUUUGCACCACGCCGGCUUUGACGGAAUGCAGUUGCAUGGAGCACACGGAUAUUUACUGGCACAAUUCUUGUCCAAGACUACCAACAAGAGGAGUGAUCAAUAUGGCGGCUCUAUCGAGAAUCGCGCACGUAUCAUCCUGGAAAUAGCUGCAUCUAUUCGCCGCAAAGUGCCUUCAGAUUUCAUCCUUGGGAUCAAGAUGAACUCGGUCGAGUUCCAGGAGGGCGGGUUUUCGGCGGAAGAGGCGAAGGAUGUGUGUAAACUACUAGAGGAUGCCAAGUUCGACUUCGUUGAGCUGAGCGGUGGAACAUAUCAGGCCCUAGCAUUCGUGCACAAGCGCGAGAGCUCGAAAAAGAGAGAGGCUUUCUUCUUGGAAUUUGCCGAUAAGAUCACGCCUGGCUUGCAGAAAACCAAGACAUACGUCACUGGGGGCUUCAAGACGGUUGGCGCCAUGGUUGACGCACUCAAAACGGUCGAUGGCGUGGGCCUUGGUCGCCCCGUUUGCCAGGAAUUUCAUCUUGCCAAAGAUAUGUUGGACGGCAGAGUAUCUGGGGCAAUCGAUCAACAAAUCGACCAGGACGACUUUGGUUUGACUAAUAUUGUAGCUGGAUCACAGAUUCGUCAAGUGGGCAAAGACCACGAGCCCAUCGACAUGUCGAAAACAGAGAAUGUGGACGUCUUUAUGAAGGACAUGGGUUCAUGGACUGCGAAGUUGAGUUCGGGGGAUCCUGGUGUCUACGGGUACAUCGAUCUUGACAGUGCGGGCAUUCGGCCUUUUUCGUACUGAAGUCGUCUGAGCGGUCUGGCAUCGAGCAAGAAAGUUCUCUCCGACUGAUAAUAUUUUGUGCGCCUUUGUCUUCCACCUUGACGGAGCUUACAGCCGUGUCAUAUCAUCCUAUUCUCAGUAGAUCAAUAAGACUAUUGUCUAUGCUUCUACGCGAUAUCAGGCAAUGGGAUUUCUGGACUACCAGCAAGCAGUGGAUGAAUCAUUAUGGGUCAGAAAUUCUUCACCUCAACGUGGACUGGAUGCUUCAGAACUGGAGACGAUGUUUUGGCAAUAUAACCAACAUUAUCAAGACCAAACCAUGAUGGAAACCUCAGGAGAGCUUACGGCGCGUCUUUGUUCGGCUCUCACCCGGCUGCCAAAUGUGGAGAGAGUCAUCAUAUCGCCCAAUGUCUUUUGCUAUCUUGACAAACCCCUGUCUUCCCAGUAUUUUCUGAAUCCUGAACCAGCUUGUGAUGGAGCAUUUCUCCAUGUCUGCCGCGUCCUUUCGCUGACAGAUACCGGAAUACGGGAACUUAGGAUUGAAGAUGCUGAGACUGAAGAUCAAGAAUGUAGUGGGUUGACUGCAGUGGCCUUCCGAGAAAUCUCACUUCUGGAUUCAGGCCAUUGUCGUAAUGUCUUCCGGGGCGUUCGAACGCUGGAACUGACAGCUGAAGGUGAGGAGGAAGGUGGCUGGAUUAUAGGCCAAUUAGCAGACUUUCUGUCGUAUGCCACCGGCCUGGAGAAGUUGUUGAUUCAUGGUUGUGUUUAUGGUCCCCUUCACGCAAACCAUCUUCUGAGCAAUACUUUGUGGUGUUGCUUAACUACACUGAUCCUCACUCACACAAUUUUCGCCAGGAAGAACUCUUAGCUUUCCUGAGAAGGCAUUCAAACAGCUUGAAGGAACUUUCACUCUUUGACGUCGGAGUGAGAAAUGGCUCGUGGACGGCAAUCCUGACAGCAAUGAAGGCUUCGUUAUCUCUACGCAGCAUCGAAUUCUGUGAUCUGCAUGAGACAAACGACGACGGAUAUAGAAUAAACGUGUUUGUACCAGUAGCUGCGGUACAAGGUUACUUCUUAGGAGAUGAUUGUCAUCCGCUGUUGUUGGGAGGCCAGCUUGACUCGGAGUAGCCACUGAAGAGAAUUGUGGGUAGGCCAUAAGGAGCUGCUGAUGGCCGUCGAGUGGUGGUAAAUCCUUCAGUUGUCAAAGGAAAGACCUUCAAGGAUAUCCUUCAGAACGAAAAAAUCCCAAGGUCUUCUUCGACGUUUGCAACGAUUCAGAUGCCUUGUCCGCGCAUUUGGGCAUGGCGUUGCAGAGAGUGGAGGACGAUCAGCUUAAACAGAGUACCACGAGGAAUAUCACGACAUCAAGGGGAUUUUUGAGUGGCCUAAUUAAAUGCGUUGAGGAGAAUGUGCUCAUGUCGCUCGAUAACAAGACGAGCUAGAAGCAGGUAAAGGAGAGUGAGAAGCGAAUAUUCAAGAUGGAAUAUUAGAGUUUGUAUGAGGUUUUCAGCCAGUAGUCCAUCCUCAAGGACA